AUGUUGAAGCCCAACGAACUCGUACCCGAGAUUGACAAUGUUCCCGAUAAUACUCAAGACUCACUGAGUACGGAAGAUAAUAAGAAUCAUGAUCUUGAUCAAGAAAAACUCCUUUCCAGUGCACCAAAUAGCUGUACCCAUUGCAGCCAUUUUGGUUGGUUACGUAGGAUCUUCUCUCCUUCGAAGGCAACGUCUUCGCCUGCUCCUAUUCCAGAUCCAAAAAUAAUCAACUCUAGUGGGGAAAGAAUGUUCAAGACAUGGCGCGAGGCUUUGGAGCUCUAUGAUCGAGCAAUAGAGCUCUCACCGAAGAAUUGGGAAGAGGCCAUAAAGCUGGAUCCACAAUCUGCAAAGGCUCGUCACGGUUUAGGCAUGACUCUUCUUAGGUUAGGUCACGUCGAUGAAGCGAUGAAGCUUGUGGAGGAAGCAUCAUAUAAUAAAUACGACUUGGAGUGGGUUAAACGAGUAAAAAGUAACUUGAACAAUUGUAUUUUUGCAAGAAGACGCUGUGAAUGGAAUAAUGUUCUGAAGGAAAUAAGUGCCCCGUUGAUUCCAGAACCUCAUGCGUGUCCUGAGCUAGAUAUGUGUAGAGUUGAAGCACUAGUAAAACUCAACCGGCUUGGUGAGGCUCAUGCAGCACUAGUAGAAGCUGUCCCCAAAUUAGAACCAAUAGCAACCUCUUUCUCACUGCCGCAGAGUCGGUUUUUCGAUAUGAUAUGUAGAGCCUACAUAUUUUUUGUCAAAUCACAAAUAAAUUUGGCACUAGAAAGGUACAAAGAUGCAGCUGAAGAUGCAGCUAAAGCUUUAGAGAUUGAGCCACAUAACACUGAAGUUAAAAUUCUCAAGAAAAAUGUUGAAUUGAUUCAAAGGGCUCUGUCAUCCAGCAAGCUGGAAAAAUGGUCUGAAGCAGUGAGAGAUUUUGAGAUCGUACAUCAGGCACUGCCAUACGAUAAAGUCAUUGCUAAAUAUUUGUCUCAAGCUCAAGUUGCACUGAAGCAAUCUCGCAGCGAAGUAGUUCUAAACAUGGAAUCUGGAGGUGAUCUUAAGGAGAUUUCUAGUCUUGAAGAAUUUGUCCCGAUAAAUUUAGGGACAUUGGCGAAUGUCCAGGUUCUUCUUGUUAGAGGAUGGAUGUAUGGAAUCUGA